AUGGCUUCCUCGGCCGCAGCGGGCUUCCUCAGCCGCGGGUCCUCGGGGAACAAUUCGAAUAUGCGUGGCUUGGUACAGUUCAUUGCAGAUCUAAGGAAUGCCAGGGCACGAGAGUUGGAGGAGAAGAGAAUCAAUAAGGAACUGGCGAAUAUAAGGCAGAAAUUCAAAGAUGGAAGCCUCAGUGGAUACCACAAAAAGAAAUAUGUCUGCAAGCUUCUCUAUAUAUACAUUCUAGGAUGGAACGUUGACUUCGGACACCUCGAGGCUGUGAAUCUCAUCUCGGCGAACAAAUAUUCGGAGAAGCAGAUCGGAUAUCUUGCCAUGACCCUUUUCCUACACGAGCAGCACGAAUUAUUACAUCUAGUGGUUAACAGUAUACGAAAAGAUUUGACGGAUCAUAAUGAACUAUUCAACUGCUUGGCGUUGCAUGCCAUUGCCAAUGUUGGUUCCAGAGAAAUGGGUGAGGCGUUGAGUGGGGAGGUUCACCGGCUCCUGAUUUCACCUACUUCGAAAGCUUUCGUCAAGAAAAAGGCGGCACUUACUCUUCUCCGACUCUACCGAAAGUCCCCAGAUAUCGUCCAACCGCAAUGGGCCGAACGGAUAAUAUCUCUGAUGGAUGAUGCUGAUAUGGGUGUUGCUCUUUCUGUAACUUCUCUAGUCAUGGCCCUUACGCAAAACAACCCAGAGCAGUACAAAGGCAGCUAUGUCAAAGCAGCUUCACGGAUGAAGAGGAUAUUGGUGGACCAGGAAUAUGCGCAGGAUUACCUCUACUACAAAGUGCCAUGUCCAUGGAUACAAGUGAAGAUGCUGAGGUUAUUGCAAUACUUUCCGCCGUCAGAGGAUACUCAUGUCCGAGAAUUGAUCCGAGAAUCCCUACAAAAGAUUCUAAACCUGGCGUUGGAGAUGCCAAAGAACGUACAACAAAACAACGCCCAGAAUGCUGUUCUCUUUGAAGCCAUCAACCUGAUCAUUCAUCUCGAUACCGAACAAGCCCUGAUGAAGCAGAUUUCAUCGAGACUAGGUAAAUUCAUCCAGUCACGCGAGACGAAUGUACGAUAUCUUGGAUUGGAAGCCAUGACACAUUUGGCUGCACGAGCCGAAACUUUGGAUCCCAUCAAGCAGCACCAGUCAAUAAUCAUUGGGUCUCUGAAAGACAGGGAUAUCAGUGUACGGAGGAAAGGUCUAGAUCUCUUGUACAGCAUGUGUGACCAGACUAAUGCUCAGCCAAUCGUCGGAGAACUUCUCCAAUAUCUUCAAAACGCCGACUUUGCCAUCCGAGAAGAGAUGGUACUAAAAAUUGCUAUCUUGACAGAAAAGUACGCCACGGACAUUCAGUGGUAUGUGGACAUUUCCCUGCGCCUAAUCGCAAUGGCAGGCGAUCAUGUCAGUGAUGAAGUAUGGCAUCGAGUCAUUCAAAUCGUCACGAACAACGAAGAGCUCCAAGUGUACGCUGCGCAAAACAUCUUGCAAUACGUCAAGGCGGACCAUUGUCACGAGACUUUGGUCAAGAUCGGAGGUUACAUCCUAGGCGAGUUCGGUCAUCUGAUUGCAGAAGACAAGGGAUGUAGUCCCAUCGAGCAGUUCCUGGCUCUUCAAGGAAAGCUUCAAGGGUGUUCGUCAAGUACAAGGGCUAUUAUUCUCUCAUGCUUCAUCAAAUUCGUCAACCUCUUUCCUGAAAUCAAACCUCGACUCAUGUACGUUUUCCAAGCGUACAGCCAUACUUUGGACUCGGAGCUCCAGCAAAGAGCAUGCGAAUAUCUCGCCCUAGCAAGUCUACCAACCGACGAUCUACUUCGCACCGUUUGCGAUGAGAUGCCUCCAUUCCCAGAGCGCCAGUCAGCUCUUCUCUCACGACUGCAUCAAAAGCAUGGCAACACAAGUGACAAGCGGACUUGGGUUGUUGGUGGGAAAGAUGCUAAUAUAAUCGAGAAGAACCCAGGUCUCAAACGUGCACAGAGUUCCAACGGGGGCCCACAAAUGAACGGGACAAACGGGACCACGAAUGGCACGAAUGGACACGCCAAGGGUGCUAAUGACCUCGCUGGCUUGGAUAUGCUGGAUACGGGACCUUCGGAACCCAAGACGCUUAAAGCUCCAAACUUGGCAAGCGCAGCUCAUCUCUCGCCAGAUUGGGAGAUUGGCUACAACAAGUUGCUCACGAAAGCAGAGGGUAUACUCUAUGAGGAUGGUCAGAUCCAGAUUGGUGUACGGUCAGAAUAUAGAGGUCAAAUGGCUUGUGUCAUUCUCUACUUCUCUAACAAAGCUCCAACUGCCGUGACCUCUUUUACCACGACUUUGGAUCUCGAACCGGCUGAGAAGGAAAACCUCAGCUGGGAGGUCAAGGGCUUACCGGAGAGUACCAUCCACCAAGGCGCACAAAGUCAACAGAUGAUCAUGUUCGAAGCCAAGAAGGUCUUUGACAAGAGUCCGACGAUCAGAAUUAGUUAUAUUGCUGGAGCACUUCAAGCCCUCACAUUGAAGCUUCCGGUUAAUAUCCACAAAUUUAUGGACCCGGCUGAACUUACCGCUGACGAUUUCUUCAAACGAUGGAAGCAGAUUGGUGGAGCGCCACGUGAAGCUCAACGUGUAUUUGGUGUUAAGGGUGGUAGAGAUGGUGAUCGAGAAAUCAAUGAGUCCUUUAUACGGAGGACCGUUGAAGGUUUCCGGUGGGGAGUCCUCGAUGGUGUUGAUCCGAAUAGGAAGAACUUUGUUGGUGCAAGUGUGCUACAUACCGGGGGCGGAGGGAAGUUUGGAUGUUUAUUGCGACUUGAGCCCAAUUAUGGGACACAGAUGGUGCGUCUCACGAUUCGAGCGACAGAUGAUAGUGUCCCGCCGAUUAUAAUCAAGACUAUGGAGGAGAGAUUAGCGGUUGGGAUCUCGGCGUACCCGGAGACGAUGGAGCAACCUUCUCAUAGGGACAUUUCGAAUGUUUUUGAGAAUAUACUUGUGACGUGA